UUGCCUUGAAGAGAAGAUGGCGGCGGGGGAUCGCGAGCUGGAGCCCGGGGCGGCCGGGGGAGGCUGCAGCCGGCUCCGGGCCUAGAGCGGGACAGGCCGGGGGGCGGGGGAGCUCCCGAUAACCCCCUCCCCCCACACACCGCCCCGUACCCCGGGCCCCGGCACCAUGUUCGGUAAAUAUUUCCUGAUGGGGCUCCGCAGCUUCGUGAGGCUCGCGGUGAAGGUGUGGAGCGUCUGUGUGGAGGCGGCCCGGAGACAACUCAGAGCGAUUAUCCAAUACCAGACAGUUCGCUAUGACAUUUUGCCUCUAUCUCCUCUUUCCCGUGUCAGAAUAAAUCAAAUGAAAAGAAAAAUCCUAGUUUUAGAUUUAGAUGAAACGUUAAUCCACUCGCAUCAUGAUGGCGUGUUAAAACCAGCAGUGAGGCCGGGCACACCACCAGACUUCAUGCUAAAGGUACUUGUUGACAGGCAUCCAAUCAGAUUUUUUGUACAUAAAAGGCCUCAUGUGGACUUCUUUCUUGAAGUGGCCAGCCAGUGGUAUGAGUUGGUGAUUUUCACCGCUAGUAUGGAGAUCUAUGGUGCAGCUGUAGCAGACAAACUAGACAACAACAAGAAAAUCUUAAAUCGACGAUACUACAGACAGCACUGCACACUUGAAUUGGGCAGCUAUGUGAAAGACCUUGCAGCAAUUCACAGUGACCUCUCCAGCAUUGUAAUAUUAGAUAAUUCACCUAGUGCAUACAGGGGGCACCCAGAUAAUGCAAUUCCGAUAAAGUCUUGGUUCAGUGAUCCUGGGGAUACAGCUUUAUUAAACCUGUUACCUAUGCUUGAUGCAUUAAGGUUUACUUCAGAUGUUCGGUCUGUCCUCAGUCGCAAUCUCCACCAGCAUAGACUGUGGUGACAUUGCAUUUGAUAUUUCUGGCACACCCUUGUUGACAGCUCAUACCAGUCCUCUGGUGCUUAGAACAUUGUAAAGCCUGCGCACCAAGGAGGUGUUUUGAGUAUGCAUGAAGUGACAUAAACUCAGUGGACAGUCAAGACCUGUUUACUUCUGCGUGGACAGAUAUCUAUGUGAAUGUUACAAACGUUCAAAUCAGUGCUGAGAUGGUGCAUCGUCAAAUACACUUUAAUAUAUUUUUUUUGUUUAUAAAAUGGUAUUUUUGAGCUCAACUUCCCUCACUUGCCUGAGUUGGAGAUUUUGUUUUGAUGUGUUCUGCCUUUUAAUGUUUGAUUAUGUAAAGAUAAGAUGAUAUCCGUGAGAAUUAACUUAUCCGUUUAAAGGCAACCAGGUUACUUCCCACUGAAAGGGAGUCCAGGUUUUUUUAUAUGCUCCGUCCUCCUACACGAUGCCAAGUUUACACCAAGUAGUUGACCAGACGCAGCAUUCCCAAGUCUGAGCCUAUCAAUGGUGCUAAACCACAAAUCUAGAACAAGGCUUUGUUUGGCCUAGAUUUUUUUUAAAAAUUCCUCCCUAAUGUGAAACAGUUCUGUCAAUUCAGCUUUUAUCAAACAGUAUUACUGCAUUUCAAACGAAGAAUAAAAUCUGAUUUCUAGUACAGUAAUAGGUGAUUUGUAUCAUGGCUUCAUUUUAUGGCCUGAAGAGGCACAGUUUGAUUGUAACCAUCAGUCUUGCCUCAGAAUGUUUUAUUUUUCCCUAAAUGAUUGAUAAUUCCACUGAAAAUCCUAUUCCUUUCUGCCAGGGUUUCUACAGUUUUGUUUUCAUUUUAUGUAAUUAUCUCUCUCUUCCAGCUUCUUUCUCUGCUUUUUUCUGGAUCUGCCUGUUGGCUCGAUAGGCCAAGGAUCUGUGUGCCAUCAUACUGAUGUUCGCAGAGAAGACCAUGUAUGGCAGUAUGACAAUUAGCCUUGCGCUUUUGAUCUAAGAAAGAUGAAAAUCAGCAGUUUUAAGUUCUUGACUCCUGUGAAGGGACUGGUGCUAAAAAUUGUGUAAAAGCAGGAUGUGUUAAUUGUUCACGGCUGAAUGCUCAUUGUCUCCAAUUUACACAUAAAGGAUGAGGGCUCUUACGGUGAUGUGUUAGUGUCCCUAUGUCUGGACCAGAAGGUCUGGGUUCAAAUCUCAGCUGCUGCAGAGGCGUGUCUUAACUUCUCUGAACGGAUCGAUUGAAAAUGUUUAUACAUGAAAUAUAACCAGGGAGGGAAUCUCCCAGUUUUCAAAUCUGACUUUUCUGAGAGAAUUACUUCAACAUUUCUACAACUGGUAUCCAUUUACUUGAAGAAUGAAAGGCUUGUGCUGUUCAAAUACAAUGGUAUCUUUGGGAGAGCUCCCUCUCUAAGACAGGAAAUUGUGGAGUGAAGUUGUCCUUUCGACCUUGAGCACACAGUAAUAUUUAAUGAGCAGUAUGUUCUUCUAUGGCCUGGUUACCAUCUUUUCCCAAUGAUCAGGCCAAAAUCAGAUUAAACUAAUUAUUCAUCUCAUUUCUGUUUGUGGGAUUUUGCAAUAUGCAAAAUAGCUCUCACAUUUGCCUACGUAACAGCAACUAUGCUUCCAAUAAUUAUUUUAAAUGGGAAGCACUGGGAUAUCUAGAUAGAUGUAAUGAGCACAGUAUAAAAACAAAGUUUUUUUUUCCUCAUGUUUCCUGAGACUAUCGCAGUAUUUUGGAAGGGUCUACCACUAAUCACUCAGAGUAUUUUGCAACGUUGAGUAAUGAGCAAAAUGGGAAUGGGUAUAUGCUCAGAAAAUGAAAAUAACUGAGUCAAAGAGAGGGCUCUCGAAUUGCUCAAGGCUAAACUGGAUAAUGGAUUUCAGGCGGCAUGGUGACUUAGUGGUUAGCACUGCUACCUCAGGGACCCAGGUUCAAUUCCGCCCUGGGGAAUUUCCCCAUGUCUGCAUGGGUUUUCUCCAACAGUUCACAGAUGUGCAGGUUAGGUGGUUUGGCCAUGCUAAAUUACCCUGUAGUGUUCAGGAAUGUGCAGGCAUGGUAGAUUAGCCAUGGGAAAUGCAGGGUUACAGGGAUAGGGUAGGGUGUAUGAUUCUGGUUGGGAUGCUGUUCAAAGGGUCAGUGUGGAUCCGUUGGGCUGAUUGGCCUGUUUCCACAGUGUUGGAUUCUGAGACUUGUUUGCAUUCUGGCCAUUUAUAAAUUAAAGUUUUAGAGAAGCAUGGACCUCCAAAUCUCUCUUUUGGUGGUACAAGACCAAAGGCUGUCUCUGGUGCCAAGCAAUUAUGUUCGGUCAUGGCAGAUCACGCAAUCAGUCUGCAACUAUUGCUUUGCGCGGACUGGCUUGAGCCUUUAUCAGUCAUUAGUUGGUGUCACAGAUUAUGUGCCAUAACCCAGUGGAAUUUUAAUUGUUUUGCCUGCAAUAUCACAAAAGUGAGAGAGCUGCAGCAGGAAGAAUGUUAUUUUGGCCUUUUCUUAUGUUUAACCUGCUUUAAGAGACACUGGUGUAAUGCAGAUGAUGAAUUCAAAUGCUAUAGCUUAUUUGCAUUCUCCAUAUGCAGACUUGCAUGCAAUGGUACCUUGCAUAAACUAUUCAUUAGCAUUUUUGAUUGCAUAACUAUCAUAAAUGGAAUGUCUGUUGGAACACCUACCAACACCAUGAAACUGCCAUCUUUAAUCCCAGAGUGUAUAUUUACCAAUUUCAUAGUGGCUAAUUUCAUAAUUGACCUGGUUUCAGAGAGAUUGAGCUAAACUUAUAAUUUUGCACCACUUCACCUGCCCAAAAAGGCAUUAACAACAGUGUUUAUGACUUUCAACUCUUUUGCAUAUAAAGUAUUUCAGUGGAGUUUGGGUUUAAUUAAGAUAUAAGAUUGGGUGUGAAAUUAGCAGCCUUUUCUCCUAUAAUGCAGUAUGUCCAUUAGGCACCUUGUAAUGGAAAUCCUUCCAUAUUGAUCAGACUUUUGUAGCCUCCAUUUUAAACCCCUCACAACCCUGCAGGAGCUCUUAGCCAUCAAGAUUGGGAUGAAGCAUGUUAUAACGAACCCUGGCAGCAACCUCACUAUUUUAGUGGCCAGGCUGCUGAUUUACACCCCCUAUUGUGGAUAUCUUGAUCAUAAUCAGAAAAUGGGAUCAUUCAAAAUCGGUCAAGCCUGCCUGACAUACUGCAUUCCAACCCGUGAAUUCAAAAUGAGCUCCAGGUUUCACUAAUGUAGAGCAAAAGACAAUGGAACGUAUGUAAUCACCUCACCCUAAAUAUGAUGCUAUGUAAAACAGAAGAAUCUGUGGAAAUUAGCUGUUUCUAGUAGUAGUUUUGUGCAGUGCUGAAAGAUCUCAUCAGAAUUUUAGUUAAGUUUGUAUUUUGAAUUCCUUUUUCUCUGCACUUCCUGAACAAUCGAACAGUGCGAGUUGCUGUUUUUAAACAGCUGACUCACAAAAUCCUCGGUGUGUUGCUGUGCCAUUGACUGGUGAUGUGCUUCAUUCCAGGGCCCAACACUGACAUGUUGAGCAGUGUGCUCAGCAGAUUAUAAUGUCAGCAAGUUUUAGCUGUGCUUUGCUGGACAAGUUUGAGCAAUACUGAUUUCGUAAAUUGUUUGUAGUGGCUGAAAAGUUUUGUCACCUCAAUUUGAGUAUUUAUGAUUAGGAAGGCCACGUUUGCCAUGCUCAGUUGUAUUUUCAAGGGUUAAAGAGCAUCUGAGCUUUCCUGUAAUUUGCCAGACUGUUUGUUUUUGCUUUGAUUACUAGGCACCGCUUGAUCAUUAAAUCGUUGUGCGGACCAGUAGUCUAAAGUGACGUCAGGAGAUGGCUGAAAAAACUUCGGUGAAUUGGUGUUAUCUAUCAUGGUGACCAGUGGGAGUACCUGCUCAGAUUAAAGUUUUAACACCCAUCCCUGCAAUUCACUGGCAGAAGACUUCUCUUAAAUCUUGUUCCUUUGUAAUUAGAUUCUGUAGCUUGCCAGUUGCUCUUUUGUGGCACGGGCCUGUUUUAGUGAGUAAGUGAACAACUUGUAAUCCCAAAGGAUCUGAUAAAAUGGCCUGCAAGCAAGUUUAGUUGAAACUUAAAUGAGAAGAAUGUUCUUAGUAGCAUUGCAUAACUCUUGCUUUUGUUUUGGGUGGCAGUAUGUACAUAGUGGCAUCUCAAAAGGCUGGUUUAAUCCUUAACCUGCUUCUAGCUAGCUGAUUUUAGCCAGGUGUGAUCAGAUUUCCCUCUAGGAGAGAUGUCAGGAUUUUGAUUGUCCAAUGUCCCUUCCUGAAAAGUACACUUGAUGUUAUGGGAGAAUAGGACUGCAGUUUAAUAUUACUCCUCAGACACUUGACUCAGUUACAACUCGGCUGCUAACAACUUAAAACUAGCCCCAGUAUGAGAUGGCCUCUUCAAGAGGAAACUGAGGGGGCAACUGAAUUGCCAUUUUAGUUAGUAGUAUUUUCCUACUACAGUGGGUUAGCUAUUCCGUAAAUCACUGGUUCAUUAAUUUCUCAGAACAAUAGAUGGACACGUGGAAUGCUUACUUCAAAAAUCUGUCUUUAAAAACUAAAUUUUGGUUUAGUAACAGUUCUUACUGCCAGUUUAGUCCAGGAGUUGUGCAGUUUCCACAGAGUUUGGUUUAUUGGCUUUGCAACUUGAUUUUAAACAGGAGCCUGUGAAAUAAAGUUGAAAAUGUAAUGAAACUUUGUUUUCAAAGUCUGAAUUACAAAUUUUGACAUGUUUCAGUAAUGUGACCCUAAUCCUUUGAACCUAUAAGAAAAAUGAAGAAUGAAUCAUUAAACCAGUAGUGACCAGCUAUUCAUCAUAGUUUCCAGGUAAUAUCUCUCCUCCAUUCUCUAUCCUGCCCAGAAAACGAUUGCAAACAUUUUCCUCUUUUGACAAAAGAGCUUCUUUUGUAACUUGUUUCAGUACGCUGAAUUAAGACAAGAAAAUAGAAGUACAAUCAUUCUAUUGUCUCAACUCGAGGAAUCCUGAAUGUACUUUCUUAACAGUGAUGGUUGGAUCUCUUUGGUCAAUGGGGAAGAUUCUGAACAAUGCUGAAAAAUAUUUAGAAUUAAGAAUUUUAUUCCAAAUAGAAUCUAAAGAAGAUCCUUUUAUCGUAAUAAGAAUCUCCUCAUUGGGAGGUCAGUUUGCCACCUGCUUCAUGCUGUUUCAAGCUACUAAAUGUUUGCUAAAUUUAUUUCCUUUAUCUUGACUUUUUUUAAGCAAUUUUCUAUAACUGAACACAGACAAUAUGUGAAGAAAGCAAAAACUGAAUCAUGUUAGUAUACAGUAGGUUGGUCAAUCAACCUCUGAAAAUGACUGAGCUGAGACCUUAGGUGGAAGCUUUAAUCGAGCCCAUUGGUUCAGACUAAGUCUUGCCCAGAAUUUUGGCCUAGAUCAAAAGCUGCUGCGAAAAGCCAACUUUUUUUCAUUUCAUAUAUCCUUUAGAUACUAUUUCUGUCUCUCUCCGAUGAGUCAUGAUGCACUUGUUUUCUAUCAAAUCAUUGGAAGGAGUUAGUUGUGCACAAGUUCUGCCCUUCACAACUUAUUUCUCUAACCUCCUCUCCAAUAAAUCUUGUCAUUUGAAUCUUCAUUGCUUCCCUGCUCAUCCGAAGCAAUUUUAAAAUCCUUAUUCCAAUUUAUUUUCUGCAGGGUCUUGUUCCUUUCCACCGCUUUAGGUGAACAUGCAGAAAUGUGGAGCUAAUGGGCUUCCAUUGCGCUGACCUCUCCCUCCUUUCUGUCCUCGCCAUGAGAUGCUGCAGCUAGCUCUGCCCCACUCUGCAAUAUUCACUCCUGAGUGUUCUGUUGCAAUAGCUUUAGAGUUUCCCUACAGCCUAUCUCCCUCCACCAAAUCUUUUUACCUCCACUUUGCUUUUUGUAGAAUUUUGGGAUGCUUUCUGGUGAAUGCUGCUGUACAAGUGCAUGUUGUAAAUGAUCUAUUAUACUGAAACUGUUUUAUUUUGUGUUUCUGAGGGAGUUUAAUCUGUGUGUUACAUGGCUGUGGAGUGAAAACUGGGCUGGGUGAAAUGAGUUGGGAAUUCAGUCCAGUUAUGAUUCGGCUAGCCAACUCACCACAUGCCCUCAUGUUCAAAUUUGACAAUCUUAUUUGCAGACCAGAGCAACAUGGUGCAAAUCUGUUACUGGGGAUUCACUCUAAGGGGUAUAUCAGCUAAAAUGAACUUUAUUUUUCCGAUUUAAUAUCAGUACCAGUAUGUUCAACCCUAACAGAUGAAUCCACAUGUGAAAAAGCCUCAAUUGUGGUCUGAUGUAUGAUUAAUUCAUUUGAGGAAAAUGCUUGCCUGUGGUUCACAUACUGUUUAUAUUGAGAUAGACUUGAAGUUGGAGAAGUUUUUGUAUCUUUACAUGCAGAGAUCAGAGUGAAAUAUUUUUGUAUGUUUAAAAAUUACCAAAUCAUGCUGGUAGCUAUUAAAGGUCAUUGGUUAUUAAUGCCCUUGUUCUAACUCCAUGGAAGGGUGGGGCAGUGUUUUUUUUAAACAAUGUAUUUUGAAAUGUAUUUACAAAUGUCAAAACCUAAGCAAAAUUGCAGCUUCUGGAGAAAAUAAAUUAAAAUAAAUGAUCACUUUUUCCAGUUA